UAACGGAGGAGACACUUUUAACAGAACUCAGACUUUACCCACCAAAGACAAGGUAAGAUAAUUAUGAAAAAGCAACAUGUUUCAUUGGAUGUGCUGCUUUAUUCUUCAGGGCUUCAGCUGAGAACAUGUCUCCCCGUGUUCAAUUUGUUUGUGAAUGAAAUUACCACUCUGUAUUUGAAAACCUGUUUUAUUAUAAGUAUACCUACAUGGGCUCACGUAAUGGCAAUUUUGAAGUUAACAUAUUAAGACUCUCAUUCAUUUUCGUUGUCCAUGGUGCUGAAAUAAGCAACAUAGUUUGUUACUUGGGCGCAACAAAGUGUGGUGUGUGCUGUCAGGAGGGUAUGUUCAGUGCUGUCUGAAAACGAUCUAUAUGUAAUAAUACGUGGAGAUUUCACCACAUGUAGUCGCUCUGAAGAACUUGCGCUUUUGUACUAAUAGAAAUCUGUAAAUGAGUAAAGAAGGAAAUCUGACAGUUUUUUUCUUAUUUCUGUGUCGUUUAAUUUGUGAAACAUUGUUAGCUGUGCAUUGAAUUGAGAGUUCAGAAGUAUGAUGUGAUUUAGCAGUGAAUGUAGUUAAUUUAAACGACCACAUGGUGACAUUGUAGACCGUCAGAUUUAGAUGUUCAUCUAUGUAGCGUCAGGCUCCUCCCAGAUUCAGAAGACUAUUAUGGUUCCCGGCCUUUGUUACAAAGAGAUGCAGUGCAAGAAUGGACUGUGUGGCCAUCAUUUUGUCGGUUGCACCUCAAACAGCAAGGAAACUGGAUUGUGGAUAGCUUGCAUCCUCAUUUAUUAGACGGGAUUUUGGACAUUAGAAUACAUAUGUUCUGUUCACGUUGGAUCAAAAUAUGUCGACGCGGAUGAUACGGAGCCCUUUUGGGAUAUAUAUACUCGUUGUUCUUUUGGAUUCUUGCUGUGAAGCGGUGUCUUUACAGCUCUCUUACUCUGUAUCAGAAGAGGUAAACCAGGGGACUUCUGUGGGAAAUCUCGCUAAGGAUCUAAACCUUAAUGUCCACGACUUGGAAGCACGUAUGUUUCAGAUCGUUAGCGGAUCAAAGAGAAAAUAUUUCGAGAUAAAUCUGAAAACUGGUGUUCUUUAUGUCAAUGAAAAAAUCGACCGUGAGGAGCUUUGUGUGAAAGCUACAAAAUGUUCUGUGAAUGUAGAGGCAGUGAUUAACAAUCCACUGAAGCUUUACCGUUUAGAGGUAAAUAUAAUCGACAUAAAUGAUAACGCGCCAUAUUUCGCUGAGACAUUGCAGUCUCUUAACAUUGCUGAAAGUACCGUGCCAGGAGGAACAUUUGGUUUCAUAGGGGCAUCGGAUGUCGAUGUUGGUAAGAAUAGCGUUAGUACAUACAAACUAAGUCCAAAUGAUUAUUUUACUUUAGAGGUUCACAAAGGGGGAGAGAGUGUGUCUGCCGAGCUUGUGCUCCAGAAAGCUUUAGACCGAGAAAAACAACAUACUGUAAGACUAACAGUGACUGCUGUGGACGGUGGAAAUCCACCCAAAUCAGCAACCUCUCUAAUCGUUAUAAACGUUUUAGACAAUAAUGACAACGCCCCUGUUUUCAGCAGUUCGUUGUACAAGGUACGUAUUUCUGAGAACUUAGCAGUCGGAAAAACUGUGAUAGUUUUGAAUGCAACAGACGCAGACGAGGGUGUAAAUGCUGAAAUAGAAUAUUCAUUAAGAAGUAAAGGACAGGAUCAGAUUUUACAUUUAUUUAAAAUAGACGCUAAAACGGGUGCAAUUUUAGUCGGAGGUAAGAUCGACUAUGAGGAACACCCCGCGUUUGAGAUUCAUGCACAUGCCAGUGACAAAGGUCAACCUCCGAUGUCUGCUCAUUGUAAG